GGUACAAUAUUGUGUAUUUUGUUCUGAGCAGGAAAUGAAGAAACUUCUGGGUUUCCGGCAUCUGCCAAUCCAUCUCCGCUCGGGUACAAGGUGCUAAGGUGCCAUCUUCCUCCAGCAGAGCCCUCGAAGAGCUGGUUGAUGAGAGGCCCCUGGAGUUGUUGGUGAGAAGGAGUCGAAAUGGAAAUGUCGAGCAGCUCAAUCUUGUCAACGGAGUUCCCAUGGGCCACAUCCGCCGCUGCCAGUGAUAUCUCUUCCAAACAUCCCGCAGAGAAUGAGGGGGUCUCCCCACAAGCUGUAUUCCUAAAGGCUCUCACUGUCCCGCUUUAUCAGUUGGCCCAGCAAGGGAACAUUCAGCCGUCGUUCCAGCUGGCAACUGGUGGCCAAGGCUUAUCAGUGGACAGUUCCAAUGUCUCCUUGAUAAUAAACCCACAUACGCCAACGGUCACCCAAAAUUCCCCAGCCCCUACUCUCACCCUGAAAAUUUUAAACACUUUACCAGUUCUACAACCCAACAGCUCACCGAUUGUCGCAGGGUCCCCUCUAAGCAAGUCGAAGAACGCAGGGAAACACAUAUGUCCUCAUUGUGGAAGAGACUGCCUGAAACCGAGUGUCCUGGAAAAGCACAUUCGCUCCCAUACGGGGGAAAGGCCAUUUCCCUGCACCACUUGUGGAAUUUCAUUUAAGACCCAGAGCAACCUGUACAAACACCGCAAGACGCAGACCCAUGUAAAUAAUUCCAAAAUGAGCCAUGAUUCAGACUGCGGUCAUUGUCAGGAUGAGAAAGCUCCUCAGUCGGAUGUGGAAUAUCCAUCAGGAUCCCAUAAUGUAUGCAGAGAAGCAGAAAACAAUGCAUCAGACAUCAGGGUCACCAUGAAGGAACGCAUUCAUUCGCUAAUCUCAGGAAAUGAAGCCGUGCCAGUCCGGGCAUCUCCAAUGACCUGUGGAAAAAUACCAGAGCCAGAAUCAUCGGCCAUUGUCUUGUCAACUUUAUCAAACCAGAAAGGAAUGUUGAAGGGUCAAAGUUCUCCUACGUCCACAAAACAAAUGUACCUGCAGAAGCAGCAGGAAUACCUUGUGGAUAAGCAAAGGGACAGCAGCCCCUCUGAGCGUAAACUGAAGAAGUGUGAAAGCACCGACUCUGGAUAUUUGUCCCAUUCAGACAGUGCUGACCUCCAGAUGUUUACAGGGAGUCCUCUCCAUAGUCUGUCGGAGAGCAGCGUUGAGUCUGAAAACCCGCUCAGCGCCGGCAUCUCAGCCGCGGACUGUGGAGAUAAAAUGGGGAAAAAGACACUGGAGGAAAGGAUAUCCUUGCUAAUUUCACAAAAUGAAGCGGUGGUAGAUGAUACCCACUUGGACAAUGUACGUCCAAGGAAGACCGCUCUGUCGAAGCAAGGCAGCAUUGACCUCCCCAUGCCUUACACGUUCAAAGACUCCUUUCACUUUGACAUCAAGUCUUUUGAUAUGAACAGAAAGAAAGUGUCGUUAUGCUCAGCCAAGUCUAUCUUCACUCCACCCGACAAAAAUAAGCCUCUCUUUUUUCAUUCUGUUCCUACUCAGUUCUCUACAACUAUAGACUGCGUGACAUUGGGCCGAAGUAACUCUCUGCAACUUGUAGACAGCCAGAGGGUACCCCCAGAUAAAGCCGAUAUCCCCAGGCAUAACUGCCACAAAAAGCAGCCGCUGGACACGAGCUUUGCCAAUCUCUUCCUCUCCAAUACAGCGGCGUCCUGCACUGUAGAUCUUUCAAGCAGCCAUCCCCGAGGACUCGUUAGGCAAAUAGCCGUAGAUGAGUUACCUCAGCCACAGCCUUGCGAAAGCCACGAUUCCGAAGAAAUAAAGUAUAAAAAGACGACCACUGGCGAUCGGUCAAGUUCCAACAGUAAAUCCAUCAACAAAAAGGGAUCUCAGAAGAAAGCGAACAUGUUCUCUCAUGAAAAGUGGCAAAUGUAUGGGGAUGAAACAUUCAAAAAACUUUACCAAAAAAUAAAGAAAAAUGAGGGUAUGAGGAAACCAAAGGCAGAUGUGUCAGAACCAGAAGAGCUGUUCCACAAUGAAGAGAACUGGAAGAAUUUGGCUUCUGCGGUGAAGUCUGAUGAGUGUCAUGCUUCUCAACCAAGGCCUCCAUCUGCAGGUUUGGCCUCCAGCGAUUCAAAUGUAAGCUCCCAGCUCCCUGGUUCACCUGGAAUCCUAUCAGGGGAUAGGAUUCCAGGGGAAAGCACAACGGAAAAUCAGCUUCCCAUUGAAGAUAUCCAAAGUGCUCCAGAUCCCUCCAAAGAUGGUCCAACCUUAUUAAACUCAGGAAUCAAAAAUGUUGCAUCUACCCAAAAUGCUUUAUGUGGCUUGGAAAAUGAAAAUCCACUGAGAAACCUACAAACUGAUACAUCUUCUGCUUGUUUGGACUCAGUUUUAAGUAAAGUUAAUGAUGAACAGGGGAAGGUCACCAGUGUUUCAAAGACAGAGGACAGUAAAGUCUUCAUUCCUAAUAGUGUUCAGUCUCCGUCAAAAAGCAAAAAACCCAAAGUGGAGACUGAUAAAGAUAACUCGGCCUCAACAAUUAACGAAAGUAUGAAAAAAGAGAAUCUUUCUCAUCCUGAAUACCAAAAUAAUGAUAAAUGCACAUCGCUACCAUCAACAGAAACAACAUAUACUAAAGGAAAUGUUGAGGACAUUGAUAUGAAUAGAGGACAUGAAACCAUAGACGGGCAGUCAUUCGAUGAGAAUAUCUCACCUUCUUCUACAUCGUCACAAACCAAGAAAACUCACACAAGUGUUGAUUACUCUGGGAAAGUAGGAACGAACAUUCCAUGGAAAUCUGUCCAUCAGUCUACUGAGCCAUCAUCCACAGGGAAAGAAACUGCCUUUUCUCCAAGUUAUCAAAUCAAAUUACAAGCUACUGGGCCACAAGUCAUUGCUACCCUCGAAGAGAAACCUGGUAAUGGAUAUGUUAGUUCUUUUGAAGAAACGGCAGCCGGUGGUUUGAGUUCCAUGAUGGAGCAAAGAGACACCUCAUAUCUUGCAGAUGAAGAAUCAGAGAAGGAUCACCAUGGAGGAGAAGCCAUCAAGGUGGCCAACAUGACAACCUCAUUAAUCGUCUCUUCUACACAAGGAGGUUGGAAUGAAGUACAUUCUUGUUCCUCUACGGUGUGUACCCACUAUCUACAAGAUAGGCAAGGGAUGGGAAUGACCUCUGACUAUACAGUACCUUUUUACAAGGGUGGAUUCUUUAUUUCUUCUGAGGUUCCUUGCCCAGAUCAGAUCCUGCAGCUACUUAGAACUGAAAAUUAUGAACAAAUGUCGAGAGCAGAGGAAAAGGGCUUUUUGGAAAAAGAAAUGGUGUCAGAAGAUGUUGGCAAGACGUCAUUCAGUUUCAUUACCAGUUCCAAGGAUCAAAGCAGCCUGCUACAUUUAAGAGACCCAAAGACGUUUAAGCCUCUCUGGAACCCUCAGGCCGGUGCAACUACUCAGGAGCAACAACUCCCCGUUGAGAAAUCAGCAACUGUUUCUUUGGCCUUAGACAAAUACAACAUUCAAUCUAUGAAGGUCACCUUCUCAACUUUAAGUACCGAGCCCAAACCUACAUGGUGUUGCCUGAAUAGAAGUGUCCCCCUUCCAGCUGUGCAAAAGAAAUGUUCCUCAGUCUACUCCACCAUACCAUUUGAGAUGUGUAAGGGCAAGAUAUCGGGUUCUGACCCUCUAGCUUCGUCCCUAGAUGUAAGUCAAAAAGCCAACAACAACAAGAUCUUAGACUCUAUUAUAAACCUGACUGGGAAUCCAGAACUUCAAGAUUCAUCCUUGACUUUGCCCUCAUGUGAUCAAAAGGAAACUUUGGAACCUUUGGGCUGUCCUUUCCCCCACAGCCAAUUGCAGGAGAGCAGGAUAAAAGAGGAGGAUCAUGCAUCCCGGGCCUUAGCCAGAAAGGGCAACAAGACACUGGCAAACAUUCGGCACAAGAAGAGGGGCAGUGCCAUUGCUCAGGGAAAACGGAGAGUUUUUGGAGCCAAUAGGCUGCGGCGAUGCAGAAAUGUUUCACAUCACGUGACGAAGCAAAGCCACAACCAGAAGAAGUUCAGCUCUCCUUCUCACUGGGACACAGCCGAAGGUUUUAAUAAGAUGAGACCUUCCCGAAGGAAAGCAACAGCAGGCAAAUGUGGAGAGCAGAGGGCAGAUGUUCAGCACCGCCCUGCACCGUACAGGCAGAAUGUGGAAGCAGAGGACCAUGGAGCAGCCGACCAAGAAAGGCUAAAAACAGAUGCUGAUGUACCAAAUUCAAGGUCGGUUCCUGCUGACAUAAGAUCAGUUUCCAGUCUAAACUUGGGCACACAUUUGGCCGAACCAACACACAGAGUCCAUUCAGAACUUUUUCAAAAGACCGGUUUAAAUCAGAAGUCUUCUACAGAGAGUAAUGAUAGUUAUACCCAGAAAGGCAAUGAGGAGGGGACAUCCCACUUUGCUUUCCUAGGGAUAAAACUGGAAAAUACACAGCAACAUCUCGGAGAUGCUCUGCCACCAAACCCUAUCAGGAAAGUCCUACAUAGAUCUAAGACCAUAGGAAGCAGCUUAGAUGGUCAAGCUGUACCGGGCACAUUGUCCCACAACAUUACUCUUAAUGAUGCGCCAAGAUUAUCGCAUUAUGUUGACUGUGGAACAUCCUUGUGCAACACUCAUGAGCUCAAAGUUGCCAUCUCUCCAACUUCAAAAGGGUCAAUUCAAAGUUCUUUAGAUUCCAGAACCAGUUGGCUUAAAGAGGAACCUCUGUCCCAGAGUCUGGCAGAUCUGGCCAACCCUCAACCACUGCUUUAUCAGUCCCAGAAAAAGCUCAGCCUUGAGGUGAUGAGGAAACAAACCCGUGUUGACUACAGUGACUCAAGCAGCGACGAUGAAGAUAGGCUGGUCAUUGAUGUCCCUCAGCUCAUGGCUACUGGAAAACAAGCACAGGCAUCGUAACCAGCAUUCCCAGAAGGGAUCUCUGUGCUAUUUUUGAUUUUCCAGUAGUAAAACCUACAUUUUAGCAAAGGGCAAAACUCUUGGUCAGAAGGCAAAAGGGUCAAGCACCUUCAACGAUCAGCGUUAAACCUAUGGACAAUGAAGGAGUUGAACAAAGAAGCCAUAAGUUAUAGGGGCCAAAACCUUUUUUGUGGCACAGAAGUUGACCACUGGGACCAUGGAUGUCCGUCUGGCUGUGGCCAACUGAUGCCCUGUCUAUGAACUAGGAUUCGGUUUGGGAUUCAGCCAAGAUUUGGCCUUUUUCAACAGGAUUUGGCUGAAUCCAACCUCUGGCCGAACCAAAUCCUUAAAAUCACAUGACUUUUUGUCACAUGAACACAAAAAUCUUUCACACCCAGUUGCCUUUGACUUUUCCUUAUCCUAAUUUUCAUAUUCAGAUUCACAAACGAUUUGGGGUUCGGCAGGAUCCUAAAAUAGUGGAUUUGGCCGAACCCCUAAUGGACGAAUAACGAACCGAAUCCUAAUUAGCAAAUGCUAAUUAGGUUUUUCAACUUCUGUGUUUACGUGACAAAGUCACGUGAUUUUUAGGAGUUGGAUUCGGUGCGGACAGGAGCGUGGAUUCGACCAAAUCCGAAACCUACCGAAAAAGCCCAAAACUUGGCCGAAUCCCGAACCGAAUCCCUGAUUCGGUGCAUCCCUACUAUGACCCACUAUAGAUAUGUGUUUCCCAUCCCAGAAGUGUGAAGUCUAUAUAUUUUACUACUGUCCAGACACGAUACUGACGGACCCAAAUGGUACGAUCUAUAGACGAUCUGCUAUAUUUAUACUUAUAAAUAUUGGGCCAUUACCGUAGGCCCUUUGUUUCUGACAAUUUCUAUAUAUAUAUUUAUAAAGAUGUUACCGGGUACAGGCUGGAUCCUCUUGCAUCAGUUAUAUUGCUUUAAUCAUUUCCCUGGUUAUCUGCACUCUUUCCCAGAGACUAGAAAUUCUGUUUAUAGCCAGACAGGAGCAAUCAAUCCCUGGUGCAGGGAAAUGUCAAUCUGUUUUCUGCUCUAAGGCCUGGAAAGCCUUUCUGAUUGGCUCUCUAUUUUUAAAAGAAACGAGACGGGAGGAAUCUGUUAGGGCUGUCACUUGUGAAUACAUGUAGUCACUGUACGACUGAUCCGGUCUGUAUAUUAGGGUUCCCAGGGGCCCAGCGUGGGCCCUAAUGAUUCCCUUUAAUCCAACAGAAUUUCCUCCUGCAUCAGGGAAUAGUAAUGGAACGGCUAUAAUAACAUUCCACAUACAGGGGGUGUCAUCAAACUGCCAGACCCUGACUCUGGGAAUUAGGGAGAAGAGAAAUGUUAUUGAGUCGAAAAAAUGUCUCGAAAUGAUCAACUGUCACAUCUCAUUCAGGUUUUAAAAUAAUUUUCUUUAAUGUCUUAAAGCUUGAGAAAAUGGAAAGCGGAAGACGGUCUGAUAUUUUUCAUUCCAACGGACAAUAUACACCCCUGUAAAACAUGAACCCAAUAAAAGGGAGCUACAUGUUAUUUUCCA